UCUCUUAGCCUUAACCCUCCAUACCAAAAACUCUAUAAAUAAGUGGUUGAUGCUACCUUCCAUAGGCUUCAAGAACAAUCCACUCCCAACCUUCUUCUCCUCCUUCUCCUCCUUCUUCUCCUUCUUCUAGAAUUUGGAUCCGGAUUUCUCUUUAUACCGAAAAGCCACUCAACUGGACCCAUACCCGGAAAGGAAAGCAUGGUUGGAUCUUCACUUAACUCCCACAAUCUCACUCCCAAGCCCAUCAAGUUCUUGUGUAGUUACGGUGGCCGGAUCCUCCCCCGCUACCCGGACGGCAAGCUCCGUUACCACGGCGGCGAAACCCGUGUGCUCUCCGUCGACACCUCCAUUUCCUUUGCUGAAUUGUUGGUGAAGAUGGGGGAGAUGUGUGGAUCGUCGGUGAGUCUGAGGUGCCAAUUGCCGACGGAAGAUUUGGACGCGUUGGUGUCGAUAACAUCCGACGAGGAUCUCGACAAUCUCAUAGAGGAAUACGACCGUGCUGCUACGUCCGCCCCGUCGUCGUCCCUCAAAAUCAGGGCCUUCCUUUCUGCCCCCAAAACCAUAAAAAAAGUGUCUCCGCCUCCGUCCUCCGCCGUCUCCUGCUGCAGCGACGGCUCACCGCCUAAAUCACUGCUCUAUUCCGGCGCCGGAGUACCACCUAGGUACCCAACCUCGGCCGCCUACCGCCGAUGCUACCGCCGCCCGUCAAGGCCGCCGGCGUACCCUAUUGUCGGUGCCAAAUCAGCCGGAAAAAUCCCUCAUCAGUACGCCUACGCCUAUCAGUGCCACAAUGUCCAUGGAAAUGGUGGCCAUGCUUAUCUAAUCCACAACGGCAACCACUGGCAAUAGCAGAUACAGUUCUGGCGAAAGCAAAAGCGCUACUCCUUUUGGAAGUAAAAUAGAGAGAAAAUUACUGCUAGUAAAGUAGAAGCAAAACUAGUAAAACCAAAAAAGAGAAAGUAUAUCUCGAUGAUGUAAGAUGAUGCAUAUAUAUAUAUAUAUAUAGGAAUGUGUAUAUGAUUGAAGGGAUCCAUUUUAAUUAAUCCCCACUGCCUCUCAAAUUAAUGGAAUUUUUUUUCCUUUUCUGGAAAAUAAUUUAUUAAAUUCA